AUGGCAGUAGAGAAACAGCAUGCAGGUGUGGUGAUACACGCCGUCGUACCGUGUCACCUUGUACACCCCAAACUAAGCGCCAAACUGCAACAGCCGACCAACCGCCGCGGCCGUUACGCCACGGUAAACACCAAGAACUACAGAGGGCUUCUCUCGGAGAGCCGUCUUCACGACAUUCCCCACACCAGUGGCCCCACCGGUGUGGCGUACACGGCGGUGCGAUACCCGUAUGACGUGCUGCGCGCCACACCGGUGGGGCCACCGGCGGCAAACCCUCGCAGAAUUCUACUGUCCCACGGCAACAGCUCGCGCAGCCACAUAGAAGCUGCCAAGAAGAAAGACAUACUCUGA